AUGUUCACACAAAACUGUCGUUUGCCAUAUUCAGUGGGAGAGAACGUUGUAAUUGAUAAGAUGAUGAUUGGUUUUAGAGGGAAAUGUCCUUUCCGACAGUACAUGAAAUCAAAGCCAGACAAAUACGGAAUAAAACUUUGUCCACUAGCAGAACUUUAUGCUGGCAAGCAGCCUGAAGGCCCAUUUAAGUUGAGUUAUGCUGCAGCAGACGUCGUGAAUAGGCUAAUUUCACCAAUUUCUGGCACUGGAAGAAACCUUACCAUCGACAAUUGGUAUACCAGUGUACCGCUAAUGAACGAUUUGACCAAGGAUUAUAAAGUUUCUGUUGUGGGUACCAAAAAGUAUACAAAGGUUAAUUAG